CGAUCCCCUCGCCUUCUCACUCUCUCCACUCUUCUCCUCCUUCGCAGCUCUCCAUCGUCCUCCGCCUACACCGAGUUCUCUCUCUACUCAAUCAAUCAAUCUCGUGGAAGGCUGAAUUGUCUUCGUAGUCGGGGCCGUCUGUUUCUGUUGUGCUACAUUUCUUUAAUUUCUCCAGGAAAAUGGCAUCUAACAUGGGAGCUUUCGCCAAGAUGAUCAUCGUCGCAUUCUUGGCGAUGCUCGUCCUCGUGAGCGUUGAGAACACCGGCGUGUACGCCCAAGAGGCACCUGCUCCAGGACCGGAAAUGGGACCCGACUCUGCGAGCCCCGGCAGCCUGUUGAUGUCUCUGGUUUACCCUGCAGUAGUGGCGAUGUUGUCUUUCGCAGCUGCGAAUGCUUUGUGAGCAGAUGUAAUGUCACAGAUUUAAGGAGUUCCUCAAUGGUCGGUAGCUCGGAAGUGCUGGUGCUUCCGUCAUUGCUGUAAAAUGGAAUGUGAAAUCCGACAUAGUCGACGAAAGGAACGGAGGAACCUUUCUCUCUGGCGUUCAGGAUGCAGUCACCGUGGCAAGUUCCAUGAUGAGCUGUCACUGAUUGUUCUCAAGCUCGACUUUUGUUUCGACUAUGGACUAGCUGAAGUUAACACACAUUCUUUUCUCUCUCGGGAAUUUCGAGAUUCCACGGUGCCUGGUGAGCGUAACUUGUAUUCUUCGUGGCAAUCAGAUGAAGCGGACAUGGGCUUCCGAAGAGCGGGUCCGCUUCAUCUGGAACUGGAUUGGUUUCGUUCAGUUGACUCAACGUUGCGAGGGGAUAUGCAGACCGCACUUGAACAUUGUUCUCUGUACUUGCCACGGGCGAAGCGAUCGUUCGAGUCGACUCCACCCAGAGAGCAUUGUGAAGCUGUGUCUGCAGGUUAUUUGGCAGACCAGUUCUAGCAAAUCUUGGUGGCCUGGAACGUGUCUUUGAAGGAGGCUCAGAAAGCAGGAGUGUCGAGUAGUGUGCGUGAGCUGCCUGUGGGGGGUUGAGACGGUGAUGGUUCAUGUAACAUGUCGGGAACAGCACUACAUUUUUCUUCAGAUGCUUAGAUAAUUAGUCUGGAUUGUACUAGGAACGUUCAUAGUAGUCUAGUUACCAUCAUUUAUUAGGUAGACUGUUAGCAUUCGAAAUGUAACAGCAGCCAUUAUUCUAACGAAACUCCUUCUGCAUUGGAAGGGUGCUUUCCACAAUAAAUUUCUGUAUAUCAUCCAACUAUUUGACGGAGUAAUUAAGUCGAUUUUUCCACAUC